UUUUUGGCAGCCAACGAAACGUGCCUUUACGUGUUCUUCUAUUCUUCCUUCGUGGCUCUUAUUAAAAUUCCUUUCUUUCCCUUCCCAUCUCUCCCUACAAUUCCUUCCUCUACUCGGCAAUCUUACUCUUCUUCUUCCUUCAUUCAUAUCUACGAAAACUACUGGUUCCACUAACUUAGCUGCGCAAUUCUCUCUCUAAAAAUGCAGCUUUCAUCCUCCUCGCCUCUUUCGGUCCACGUAAGAUCGGAGUUUUCUUCUCUUCUCCCUCGACUACUGCGUCCAAGCUACCGCGGAAGCCAAUCAAUCACUGACUGCCACGGUCGCCGUCUUUAUCCAGUUUACUUAUUAUCCCCUCUUCAUGCUAGUCCGCAAAGUACCUUCUUGUAUUCGAGUUCUUAUUCUUUCGGCGUUUCUUUAUUGUCUCCAAGUAAUUCUGACCGGCGAAGAGGGAAUCGGAGGAUCACUACUUCCGUCUCUGCAGCUUUCGAGCGAUUCACGGAGAGAGCUAUUAAGGUUGUGAUAUUUUCUCAAAGAGAAGCUAGAGCCUUGGGCAAGGACAUGGUCUUCACGCAGCACCUCUUGUUGGGCUUGAUCGCUGAGGAUCGCGAUCCCGAAGGGUUUCUUGGCUCUGGCGUAAAAAUUGGCGAGGCACGUAAAACGGUUCGCAGUAUUUGGCACUCUGAUGAUACUUCCGUUCCUCAAGAAAGUUCUGUCAGUUCUUCAGCUACGAACGUACCGUUCUCAAUUAGUACAAAGCGGGUUUUUGAAGCCGCAGUGGAGUACUCAAGGACUAUGGGACAUAAUUUCAUUUCACCUGAGCAUAUAGUGAUCGGUCUCAUCACUGUUGACGAUGGCAGCGCAGGUCAGGUACUCCAGAGGCUGGGGGUGGAUGAGGGCCACUUGGCAGGGAUGGCACUCACCAGACUUCAAGGCGAGCUUGUCAAAGAUGGAAGAGAACCAUCUGCAAUACCCAAAGGAGCACGUGAAAAAUCCUCUAAUCAGAAACUCUCUGCUUUUAGAUCCUCUGGGAAGGCAAGAGAGAAAAGUGCUCUGGCCAAAUACUGCGUGGAUCUUACUGCCCGUGCUAGUGAAGGACUCGUUGAUCCUGUGAUUGGGAGAGAAACUGAAAUUCGAAGAAUUGUUCAAAUACUUUGUCGCAGAACCAAAAAUAAUCCCAUUCUUCUUGGGCAAAGUGGUGUUGGAAAAACGGCCAUUGCUGAAGGACUGGCAAUUAGUAUUGCACAAGCUGAGGUUCCUGUAGAUCUCUUGACAAAACAAAUAAUGUCCUUGGAUAUAGGACUACUGAUGGCUGGUGCAAAGGAAAGGGGGGAACUAGAGGCACGUGUUACUGCAUUACUAAGAGAGAUACAGAAAGCAGGUAAUAUCAUUCUUUUCAUUGAUGAAGUCCAUACACUUGUGGGAUCUGGCACAGUAGGACGGGGAGACAAGGGUUCUGGUCUUGACCUUGCUAAUUUAUUAAAGCCCUCUCUUGGGAGAGGUGGAUUACAGUGCAUUGCCUCGACAACUAUGGAUGAAUACAGAACUCAUUUUGAAAAUGAUAAAGCAUUAGCACGGCGAUUCCAGCCUGUGUUUAUUAAUGAGCCCAGUCAGGAGGAUGCAAUUAAAAUACUGUUGGGACUACGUGAGAAAUACGAGGCCCAUCACAACUGCAAAUUCACUCUGGAAGCCAUUAAUGCUGCUGUGCACCUGUCAGCAAGAUAUAUUUCUGAUAGGUAUCUUCCUGACAAAGCUAUUGAUCUCAUUGAUGAGGCAGGAAGUAGAGCUCGUACUGAAGCAUAUAAGAGGAAAAAGGAAGAGCAAGCUUAUAUACUUACGAAGUCACCAAGCGACUACUGGCAAGAAAUUCAAACUGUUCAGGCCAUGCAUGAAGUGGUCUUGUCAAGUAGGUUAAAUAAUGACGAUGUUGCUCCAAUGGCAGAUGAUUUUACACCUUCCACAUCAGAAAAUGAUGAACCUUCAGUGGUGGGACCUGAUGAUAUAGCAAUAGUUGCUUCACUCUGGUCAGGCAUCCCAGUUGAGCAGCUUACUGCUGAUGAAAGAAUACUUAUAGUUGGUCUUGAUGAGCAGCUUAGAAAACGGGUUGUUGGUCAGGACGAGGCUGUUGCUGCCAUUUCCCGUGCUGUUAAGAGAUCACGGGUUGGCCUGAAGGAUCCAGACCGGCCAAUGGCGACAAUGCUUUUUUGUGGCCCCACUGGAGUUGGCAAAACUGAACUAGCAAAAGCUUUGGCAGCUUGCUAUUUUGGAUCAGAAUCAGCCAUGCUGAGAUUGGACAUGAGUGAAUAUAUGGAGCGACACAGUGUGAGCAAAUUAAUUGGAUCACCACCGGGUUAUAUUGGGUAUGGUGACGGAGGCACAAUAACAGAAGCUAUAAGAAGACAACCUUUCACAUUGGUAUUACUUGACGAAAUAGAGAAAGCCCAUCCAGAUAUAUUUAAUAUCCUUCUUCAACUGUUUGAAGAUGGUCACCUGACAGACUCCCAGGGAAGGAGAGUAUCAUUUAAGAAUGCAUUGAUAGUGAUGACAUCAAAUGUUGGUUCUUCUGCCAUUGCCAAAGGAGGACGCAACUCCAUUGGUUUCUUGGUUGCAGAUGAAGAGUCAGCUUCAUAUACUGGCAUGAAAUCACUCGUAAUGGAAGAACUCAAGGCAUAUUUUCGUCCAGAGUUACUAAACAGAAUAGAUGAAGUGGUAGUGUUCCGUCCUCUUGAGAAGGCUCAGAUGCUUGAGAUUCUAAAUCUGAUGCUGCAAGAGGUGAAAGAGAGACUCAUAUCUUUAGGAGUUGGUUUGGAGGUGACUGAUUCUGUUAAAGAACUCAUUUGUGAGCAAGGUUUUGACCGCAUUUAUGGUGCCAGAAAUCUGAGGAGGGCAGUUACCCUAACAAUUGAAAAUAUGAUGAGUGAAUCACUGCUUGCUGGAGAUUACAAGCCCGGAGACACUGCCAUCAUUGACUUGGAUGGCUCCGGCAAACCAUUCUUGAAAAAUCGCUCAGAUGGGAUUAACUCCUUGUCUGAUGUUACGUCCUGCUUGUAGCGGCUCGGUGUGUGCUAUCAGUACUCGUGUACAUAAUCUGUAGUUCCCUUUGGUGUACCAUGAGCUUAUUCUUUCAAUUGUGAAUAAGUUAAAACAUAUGGUCAUUUUUUUAAGAUAUUGCUUAGCGCCCUAUGGGAAAUUCCAGGCC